UCAAUUUUUGCACCGUGGCCAAUCUCUAAAUGACAUACAGUUCAGACUGAAUAUGACUAGUAAAAAAAAAAAUGGCCCGAAAAUGGAACUCGAAAAUCGUAGAAAGUGGGAAAAUCCCACCGAAGUAGCAGCACUGUAGAGGAUCAUUGUCGUGUCGUCUCAAUGCUCGCAUCCUUAAACGUGGACUACGUGGUAGCCAAUGCGUUAGCAUACUGGCAAAUACAGUUUAAGUAUUGUUUUUCGAAUCCUGAAUGUAAAUUUUAAAUAUCACCACUGAGGUAAUAGUGAAUUUGCGAGAUAAUUUAAUAUAUUAGAAAUGCUCACAUAUCCCUAUGAGUUGCAUCUGUUAAACCCGUAAAUGUAAACACCCUUGAUAGCACAUGUUCAAAAAUUAGUUAUAUAUCCCUAGAAUUGCCUAGAAUAAGCUGAAGAUCUUUGAGGAUUUCAAAUGAUGAAAUGAACAGUUAAGGUGAUGAUUAUUUUGCUACAAAUUGAAAUUGUUGGUGGCCUAGGAUUGUUUUGUUGCAGUAAGAUGUUUGUUCGUCAUCCUGCAACAUCAGUACGGAUGCAAUAAAAGACAAAGGUUUAAAAGGGUAAACCUGGGGUAUGUGUUGUAAUCCAAGCUCCUGGAUAGCUACGUUUCACAUGACCAUCACCUUCUAAACACUUAACAUUCUUCAUGUCUCAUUUAAUGCAAAUAAGCAAGAUGUUAAUGAGAACUCAUACAACAUCUACACUGAUUUAUAAUUUUGCAGCAUACUUAAGAUGUAUGGAUCAUAUAACCUUAAUCGACGAUCUUUACUCAGGAUUUUAAACAUCCAGCAGCAACGGCAAAAACCAACCAGCGUAAUACGAUAAAUUCCCUUUUCAGAAGGUUACGCAAAUAAUGGAAGGCAUUGGAAAGAGCUUUAUGACAAAACAUCCGAGAGAAGUCUUUCAGACCCACUAGACACUGCUGAUGGAAAGAACAGUGGCAACAUACAAUGCGAUUUGCUCUUUAUCAACAUCCCACGCCUUGAUUGAAAGCGAUUGUUUGAGUUAUUGCAUCUGAAGAUUUUCUGCAAGUUGUGUUUCUAUGUUAGUCAAAUAUCUACUUGCAAAGGAACAACCUAAGAGUAUCAAAUUUUUGUGAUCAACCAUCAGAACUGCGACAAGAAUAAAAGUUUCUCGUUGUUACUCCUAAUAAAGACCGUCGUGAUAUUCCUGAAGUACCGGAUAAAAACUGCCAUUGCCGGAAACGAUUACCUCGCCAUUCGCAAUCGAAGAAAAGGACAAAAAAUAUUAUGCACCACGAAAGAAACAAAGACCAGAAAAUGUUUGGUAAGGAGGUUGAGAGAUAUUUAUUCAUGAUUUACAAGAUAUUGUUGAGAGAAAAAAAACCUGUUGAGAGAAAAAAAACCUGGCUCCUGGCUUCGGAAGAAUAAUUUUAUAACAAGAAUCGUCGCGCUAUACGGAGGUAUUUUUGAAUGAAUAUGAUUUUAUCGUCAUUGGUGCCGGAUCGGCUGGAGCUGUUGUGGCUAGUCGCUUGAGUGAAAUAUCAGACUGGAAAGUUUUGCUACUGGAAGCCGGUGGAGAGGACCCUAUGGCUGCUGAUGUUCCCGGUACAGCUGCGGUGCUCCAGCGUUCCAAGGUCGAUUGGAAUUUUAGGACGGAGCCUCAGUCUGAUGCGUGUCUUGCUUUCAGAGACAAAAGAUGCAAUUGGCCACGCGGAAAAGUUAUUGGUGGCUCUUCUGUCCUUAAUUACAUGAUGUACGUCAGAGGAAACAAACGAGAUUACGAUGAAUGGGCUGAGUUAGGCAACGACGGAUGGUCAUACGAUGAUGUUCUACCCUACUUUAUCAAAUCUGAAGAUAAUCGCAAUCCGUAUUUGGCGGCCAAUAAACAGUACCACGGAACUGGAGGUUACUUAACAGUUCAGGAACCGCCAUUUAAAACUCCAUUAGUCACCGCGUUCGUUGAAGGAGGCGUCGAAAUGGGUUUUGACAAUGUCGACUUUAAUGCUGCUCAACAAAUAGGUUUCGCCGCUGUACAGGGAACAAUCCGAAGAGGAACCCGAUGCUCGACAGCCAAAGCUUUUUUAAGGCCCGUCCGCAGUCGGAACAAUCUUCACAUUUCCAUGCAUUCCCAUGUUCACAAGGUGGUGAUUGAUCCAUCAACUAAACAGGCCAUCGCUGUACGUUUCGAAAAAAGAGGAAAAAUCUACCAAGUGAAAGCCAAAAACGAAAUUGUCAUCUCGGCGGGUGCCAUCAACAGCCCGCAAUUGUUGAUGCUGAGUGGAAUUGGUCCAGCUGACCACCUCAACUCAUUUGGCAUUCCUGUUAUAGCCGACCUUCCAGUGGGUGAAAACCUUCAAGAUCACCCUGAAACGGUUGGUCUGGUCUUCCGUUUCGACAAGCCUUUCGGGAUGUUGGAAACUCGUUUCUAUAACUUGGCUACGUUGCUCAAUUACACAAUCAACUCUGCUGGACCCAUGUCAAUGUUGGGUGGUUGCGAAGGGUUGGCGUGGUUCAAGACGAAAUACGCGUCCGAGGAUGACGAUGACUGGCCAGACGCUGGAAUCACUUUACUUGCAGGGUCGGCAGCGUCGGACAGUGGGGAUGUUCUCCGCGAGAAUUACGGUUUCAGAGACGACAUUUGGAACGAAUACUUCGCACCAAUAGUUAAUACUGACACGUUGCAGCUCGCUCCUUGGUUACUUCGUCCAUUGUCGAAGGGAACUGUCCGGCUGGCCUCGUCUGACCCGUACGCUGCUCCAUUGAUGGAUCCUAAAUACUACAGUGAUCCAAAAGAUCUUGAGACUAUGUUGGAAGCAUUGAAAUUUUCGUUAGCUUUGAGUAAAACGACGGCUUUUCAAAAAUUGGGAAUUAAAGUCUACGACAAAAUUUUCCCCGGCUGUGAGAGUUUUAUUCCAUGGACGGAUGACUAUUGGCGUUGCUUAAUCCGCUACACGACAUCUACCGCGUAUCAUCCGUCCGGCACCUGCAAGAUGGGACCAUCAACAGAUGGCGCUGCCGUCGUUGAUCCUCAGUUGAAAGUUUACGGGAUCAAGGGACUAAGAGUGGCUGAUUGCUCCAUCAUGCCUAAUGUUAUAUCCGGCAAUACCAACGCUCCAGCUAUAAUGAUCGGAGAGAAGGUCUCUGAUAUGAUCAAAGAAUCAUGGAUGCGCAUCUGAAUGAAAAAGAAGAGAGUUGCACAGCUGUUAGGAACUCCGGGAGGGAAAGAAGCUUUUUAAAUAUUAUUUAUUACGAUUAAUUAUCAAACCUUUUUAGACUUAAUAAACAACACCAUUUGUCUUUA